ACAAUUGAUAUCAUUGAGUCAGACACACAGAGGGAUUUUUCUUUUUAAAGCCUAACUGCUUCAGUGGAAUACAGAGUAGAGCAUAUGGAGACAAACUACAGAGAAACACUGCAGGCCGACUUUGAUGCAUUUGAUAUAUCCGAAGAGCUUGGAUUUAUUCUUGAAGAGCCACUGACUCAUCUCCCAGAUUAUUAUCGGGUGUGGUUGGACUUGGCAAAUAACCUGACACAAUUGAUUGAGUCUCGUAAACUGCGAGAACUUGUCCAUAAGAUGCCAGUUUUGAGUCCCCACCUUUUAAAUAACCACCGGGAGCUUAGGCUGGCCCACCUUGCCCUGGGGUUCAUCAGUAUGGGAUAUGUAUGGCAGGAGGGACAACAUGAGCCUGCACAGAUUCUCCCCAAAGCCCUGGCCUGGCCUUACUGGUUAAUAUCCCGCAGACUUGGCCUUCCACCAAUCCUGACCUAUGCAGAUUCAGUUUUAGCCAACUGGAAAUUAAAGGAUCCCACAGGGGAUAUGGAGAUUGGGAACAUGGACUUGAUAUUUUCCUUUCCUGGAGGGGAGAGUUGCAGGGGAUUUUUUACGGUGUCAUUGCUAGUAGAAAUGGCUGCCAGUACAGGCAUAAAGGGGGCCCUGGAGGUAAUGCACGCCAUGAAAAUAUCAGACCUAAUCGGCAUACAGAAAGGACUAAACAAAGUAACACAGUCUUUGAAGAAGAUGAAGGAAACCUUUCAACUCAUGCACAAUCACGUGGAGCCAAACGCAUUUCAUGGAACUUUGAGAAUUUUUGUCUCAGGGUGGAGAGAUAACCCAAUGCUUCCCCGAGGUCUGCUGUACGAAGGUGUUAGCAAUGAGCCGAUUUUGCUGUCAGGUGGAAGUGCAGCUCAGAGCUCAGCCAUUCAGUGCUUUGAUGCUUUGCUAUGCAUUCAACAUGAGGGUGAGACAGGAGCCUUCCUGACACGCAUGAGAGAUUACAUGCCCCCUGCACACCGUCAGCUGAUUGAAACUCUGUCUGUCUGUCCGUCGCUACGAGAUUUCAUUACGACCUGCUCCAGCUCUGACCUGUGCCAGGCCUACAACUCCUGUGUCUCUGCACUGGUGGAUUUACGAAGCUAUCACCUAAAUACUGUGGCCAAGUAUGUCAUUGUACCUGGUAACCAUGCCAGAUCCAUGGGCUGCCCUCUCAGAGGGGUAGGUACUGCCCUCAACAGCACUGGAACUGGUGGCUCUAAUCUCAUGGUCUUCCUCAAGAGUGUUCGUAACACCACCCAAAGAGCACUGAUCUUAGAAAGACCAAAACAUCAAGAGAAACAUGAAUGGAAUGCUGCAAAAUAAAAUAUAGACAAUAAAAAACUAUUUUUAUAAAUUGUAUUUAUGAAGAAAAUUAUCAAAAAUAUAUAUUUGCAAGUAUCUGCAGGAAUUUUCAAAUGUGACAGUUAUAUUUGUCAAUUCUUGCCUCAGUGAACUCUUCAUGCACUGCAAUACAGAUGGACGUUUGGAGCAUCAGAGGUAACUGUUAUAAAUUUCAAGAAGAGGAACUAAACAGCUGAACUUCUCAUUUAGCAACUGUAAGCUUGAAAAACAGCAUCAACGUCAUCCCAGUGGUAUGACCACAUUAAAACAGAGCAUUUUUUUAUUGCUUGCGCUUAACUUGGGCUGUUAUUUUCUCAAAGCUUAUCCUUUGCAAUGUACUUAAUAUAAACCUUAGAGAGCCUCAUGAAUUAAAUUCUGAUUUGAAAGCAGAUUAAUUAAUUCUUAAUAAACAGCCUUCUAAUUUGUUGUCACUUGAACAUAUUUAUGAUCAAGUGCUGUGACAGCACAGACAUUUAGGCAGUAAAUGUUUUCUAUUGUGACUUUUUUCUAAUUUGAUUAUUUAAAAAAAUCUUUGAGACUCUGGUUUCUAGCCUUGAUCAGAUUUUUUAAAAUUAUGUUUAUGCAUUUAGCAGGCGCUUUUUUUUCAAAGUGACUUACAAAGUAGACACAAUGUUACAGUUAACAUCAAUAUGACAAUAGGUUCUCUAGAGGAAAAUCUCUAGUGGAAAUCAGUGGUGAAAAUCAUGACAUUUUAUAUGCAGAGGCUUUCAAAAUUUUAAAAUCCUGUGAUAUACAUCUUGCAAAAUUCAGUGCCAUAGUUCCAUCUGAAGAAAAGUAAACCAUCGGCAUGAUGCUGCUAAAAUAGGUCCUCGGUUGUGCUGUGUUUAUUCUUUGCCCAGGAUACCUUUAGGACAGAGUCCAAAAAUCUCUUUUCUUUUUGGAUAAUAACACAAUCUUCCACUACAUUAGCAGGGGUUCGGAAAGCCUUGAUGAUUUCCUCAGAAGAAAGACAUUUUGAUUUGCAAUCCUUACUCCAGACAGAGAUGAAAAUACAACAAACUGUUCUUGCAAAAACAAAAGAUCUUUCACAGUUUUCAUCACCUCUUGAACUGUUGCUUUUGGCCUCCUUGCAUCCUCCCUUGUCACACAUUAGCGCUUUAUUUUAAUAGACAGGGAGAUUUGGUCAGCUUGUGUAAGUUCCCUAAUUUGUUAUGGUAUUGGUUAAUAAAAUGUAGAUAUAAUGCUGUGAAUUUUUAUGCAAUCUGUCUUUGACUGAUACCUUUGUACAGUAUUUUGAGUCUUAGUAACCUUUCAAAAUAUGACUUUAGCUAAAAUCCUAACAGAAAGCUGUUUUACCACAGUUAUACUUUAUUUAAUUUUAAACAGAUCAUACAUAAUUAAUUCAGAAAAAGUA